CCCCCUUCACUUCACUCUCUCCUCCUCCGUUGCUCGACUCUUGGCCCGCCGCCUCGACUCGUCUCGCCCGCGGCCGAUCUCCUCCUCCAUCCGGUCGCCGCGCCGCAACCCGGAGAGGAGAGAGAGAGAGAGCGCUCGGUCGAGCACCACCUGGGGCCCAGCGUACUCCCGACCAUCUCCGGCACGGCGUCCGCCCUCUGCAGCCCCGGUGUCCCUGCGACCGUCGCUGCUGUCCUACUUCGCCACUCGCCACUUUGUCCGCCGUCGACGAGCACCACCAGGACACUAGGGUUCUGAAACUUCUUGCGCUCGGAGGACCGAAAUUCUGUGAAUCAAUUGCAAAAGGUGUGGUUAUUCGUGCUUUCCGAGGUGUGAAGAAAUGGAAUGCAACAGGGAUGAGGCCCAACGGGCAAAGGAUAUUGCGAAGAAGAAGUUUGAGGCGAGGGACCUGCAGGGUGCCAGGAAAUUCGCUGUCAAAGCUCAAACACUCUUUCCUGAUCUUGAAGGCAUUGCUCAGAUGGUUGCCACCUUUGAUAUCUAUCUUGCUUCGGAGGUGAAGGUUGCUGGGGAGAAGGACUGGUACUCUAUCCUUUGUGUUGCCACGACAGCAGAUGACGAAACAAUCAAGAAACGGUACAGGAAGCUGGUUCUUCAGCUCCACCCUGACAAGAACAAGGAAGUCGGUGCUGAGGGUGCUUUCCAGAUGGUCCAAGAGGCAUAUACAGUGCUAACCGACAAAACUAAGAGAGCGGUAUUUGACCAAAAGAGGAAUGUAAGGGUAUUCCAGCAGAGGACAGCUCAGUCAAGUAAGGCAAGUGCGCCUCCUGCUGCAUCUGAUGGCUUCUAUAAUUUCGCAGCUAACGCUGCUGCCGCCUCCAAACCGACAGUAAACAAGCGAACAGCAGGACCGACAGCACCUGCCGUGCGCCCGCGCCCACCUCAACCUCCACCACCAUCUGGACCCCCUCCUGCACCUUCCUCUGCUACCCCUGCACCUUCCGCAAACCCUCCUACAUUUUGGACCUCAUGUAACAAAUGCAAGAUGAACUAUGAGUACCUUAGGGUGUAUCUGAAUAACCAUCUUCGUUGCCCUAGCUGCCGUGAGCCGUUCCUAGCAAAGGAGGCACCAAUACCACCAACUGCAAGCACUAACAGAAAUACGCAGUGGGGUCCAUUUUCAAGGGCUGCUGGUGCAGCUAGUGCCACUGCAUCAUCUGCUGCUGCUGCUCAAGCUGCUAAUGUUGUUCAUCAGACGUAUGAAAAAGUUAGGAGGGAGAGGGAGGAGGCACAAGCAGCAGCAAGAAAGGAAGAGGCUCUUCGGCGGAAGUACAAUCCUCUAAAAAGGCAUGCAAGCAUGUCAGAUGUCUUUAAUCCUGGAACAGGUGAUGUUGCAUCUGGAAAGAAGUUGAAGACUAUGGUUACAGAUGCUGGAGUUGGUUCUUCAUCUUUCAUACCAGGUCCUGGAGCAAAUUGUUUUAGAGUGCCCGGUGUGAAUAUAUCUUUUUCAACCAACAUUGGGGCCUAUGAGUUUCAAGGCGUCAAUGGCGGACCCAAUUGGAAGCCCAGGCCUCCAAUCUACAUAAGCUUAGCUAGGGCCACCUCUCAGGUGGAUGUUAGGGGUCUUCUGCUGGAAAAAGCAAAAAGUGGGCUGAGAAACAAGCUAGCAGGAAAUAAAAGUAAAACAUCUCAAGUUGCUGCUAGUGGAAAAGCGACCAAGAAACAUGUGGUUAAUGAAAGUGGAAGGGAUAAUGAAGCUCUCACACCUGAUGAUCGUACUACCAAUAAAGAUGUUCAUGUUGAUCCAAAAGAAAUUGGUUCUAAUACUAGCUCAGAUGCUGAAAAUGAAGAUGAUGACCCCUUGUCUUUUAAUGUUCCUGAUCCUGAUUUCCAUGAUUUUGACAAGGAUCGCACUGAGGAAUGUUUUCAAAUUGAUCAAAUUUGGGCUACAUAUGAUGACAGUGAUGGUAUGCCUCGUUAUUAUGCGUUUAUUCAGAAAAUUUUCUCCUUGAAACCAUUCAAGCUCAGAAUAAGCUAUCUUGAGUCAAGGACAAAUAGUGAAUUUGGGCCUUUGAAUUGGGUUUCUUCUGGCUUCACAAAGUCAUGUGGGCAUUUCAGGACUGAAAAAUAUGAAACAUGUGAUAUAGUCAACAUGUUUUCACACCAAAUGAAAUGGGAGAAAGGGCCGCGUGGGGUAAUCAAAAUUUAUCCACAGAAAGGUGACAUCUGGGCUAUUUAUCGGAAUUGGUCCCCUGACUGGGAUGAAGAUACUCCAGAUAAUGUGCUUCAUGCCUACGAUGUGGUUGAGGUACUAGAUAAUUAUGAUGAAGAUCAUGGCAUCUCUGUUAUUCCCUUAGCUAAAGUUGCCGGGUUUCGGACAAUAUUUGAACGCCAUCAGGAUCUGAAUGGUACCAUGAAGAUUCCCAAAGAAGAGAUGUUUCGGUUUUCACAUCAAGUGCCUUUCUACAGGAUGUCAGGCGAAGAAGCUCCAAAUGUCCCCAAAGAUAGCUAUGAGCUUGACCCAGCUGCUAUUUCUAAGGAACUUCUUCAAGGGACCACAGAAACAGUGGAGGCAAAUGGAACUUCCUAAUGUUGAUUUAAGACAGUUGAUGAUGGUCUGCCUUGGUGGACCUGCCAUUUUGAAGCAAUCAAGCAAAAGUUGUUGACAUUAAGUUUUAUAGUUUUCCUUCUACAGCUUUUGACAAUUAUCUUUGCAUAGAAGGGUUAGAAUGGGACCAGUCAUGCUUCUGGUGUAAUUAGGGUGCUCUGACAUGAAUUUUGUCGUGAUACUAUACUUAGUAACUCUAAAUGUUGGUGGAGUACUAACAUGAAGCUCAUGUAGCAGUUUUAAAUGCUGGUGUUCUUGAAUGGAUGUAAUUUUUACUUUCUGGGAAAUCAAAACGCCAGUCGAACUAUUAUGUCAUUUCCAUUUGUUGUCUCUACUAUAUUUAAAGCACCCA